AUGGAGACACCCUGUGGAGCUGUCCACUUCCCCAAGAGAGGCGGUGGACACAACAUUGAAAGUGGACACAUGAGCUUCGUGGACCCCUACUUUGGUGCUCGAGUUGUCAAGCAAGACAUUAGUGGUACCGCAGUUAUUGGCCGGGUUCGUGCUGCGGAUGGGGCCAGGCCAGACGUGUCGCCAAACAUUCCGUUGAGUGGUGAUGGUGAAUGA